AUGUCAUCCUCUACCCUCCCCCACCCUGCGUGUGUGUGUGUGUGUGUGUGUGUGUGUGUGUGCUCAGCCUCUUUGUGUCAGCUCAGUUGCCUCAGCAGCAGUAGUUUGUGGACGGAGCUUGUAUGAAGCGUCGCUGCGUUCCUCUGAGAGCCGACCACAACCUGCUGACCCCCGACACACACACACUGUCGGGGGUCAGGCUUCAUCCUGUUGUCCAGGUGAGGUCAGAGGUUGCAGCCUCUAUAGCAGGACAUCUGAAUGACCUGUCCAGCAGAGAAUCGGCUGUCAGGUCAACGAGGCGACGCCCCCAUGCAGCGUCUCCAACUCGUCGUCUGCGAUUUGAGGAUGAGACAGAGACAGAGGCAGAGUCUCGCUACCUGGAGCGACAGAGGAGACGAGCAGGGCAACAAGGGACAAGCGUCCUGGUCUCCAAACCAGACCUGAAUCUGUACGUCAACGGUAGGCCAGGAACCGGGCCGCAGGGAGCCUGGCAGGUUUUUGACAAACAGCAAAGAGGACAGACGUCGGCCGGGGAUCAGUGUGACUCUUGUGGGACAGUUUUAGGAAGUGGACCCAACCUAAGCCUCCCUGUUCAACUGCCUGCUCCUGAAGACCGAGGACGGAAUCUCUACAGACCCCACCUUAACCUGCGGACUGAGCGAAUAAGAGAGACCUACAUUGGUUCUGUCGCACCUGGUGAGGCCAGCAGGGGAGGGGGAGAUCAGCAUAUUGCUAAAAACCAGACGAAGAAGAUGACCCAUCAGAUGGACCUUAAAGGGAGCCAAGUGAACCUCCCUCAGGUGGUGCCCUCCACAGAUCUGCCAAUCAACCCCUACGCCCCCAGCCAGAUGACCCCUCCCACUCAGCCCUCAUAUGUAGCCCCGCCCACCUCCAAAUGCCCCUCCUUUUUGUCUCCUCCUUCAUCAGCAGUGAUGUCACAGAGCAUCAGGCUCAAUGGCACAAAGGCAGGGACGAAUCUAAACCUGAACCCUGAGGGGAGAUCUGCAGCAGUCAAGCCCCACAGAGAGCUCGGAUCUGGGGCAAAGCUGAGGGAGAGGUGCCCAGGUGUGGAAGAGGGAGGUCUGGAUCUCAGGAUGAAGCACUCCUCCUCCUCGACCUCAGAGACAACAGGUAAGAACAGUAGCAUGUCAGCACAUUUACAUACAAGUAUUAACUAGUCACAGUAAAAA